GAUUCUCCGAGCUCAAACUCUGUGUUCUUGGAGACCUUUCCCAACCUCAGCCAUCCCCCGAUCCCACGGAUGCAAUCCCAGCUCUCAUUCCCCGCCUUUCCCCCGUGAAUCCCAACAUUCCCAGCUGCCACAAAUCCUCCCUCGGGCCUCACCUCUCCCUUUUCCCUCCCGCCAGCGACCUCCAGGCUCCGUUGGAAAGCUUGGAAUUGGCCUUCUGCUCCCUCGUUCCCGCCGACCUCGCCUUCCUCUCUCAAAGCUUCCACGCUCCCGCCCUCAAAAGGUUGGAUCUGAGCGGCCACGACUUCUCCCAAGGCCUCCUGGAGCCGCUCCGGCUGCUCCUGGAGGAAACCUCGGCCUCGCUGCUGCACCUGGAUCUCAUGGAAUGCCGCAUGGCCGACUCCCACCUGGACGCGCUGCUCCCGACGCUCCGGCGCUGCUCCCGCCUGCGCUUCCUGGGACUCUACGGCAAUUCCCUGUCCACGGCCGCGCUCAAGGAUCUGCUCCAGAAAACCUUGGAGCUGCCCGAUCUCCACCUGGUCGUGUAUCCCUUCCCCGUCGAUUGCUAC